AUGGCUGUCCGCGCCCAAUUCGAAAACUCCAACGAGGUUGGUGUCUUCUCUACCCUCACAAACUCUUACGCCCUCGUUGCCGUCGGCGCUUCUGAGAACUUCUACAGUGUCUUCGAGGCCGAACUUCAGGACGUCAUCCCAAUCUGCCACACCACUAUCGCCGGCACUCGCAUCAUUGGUCGUCUCACAGCCGGUAACCGCAGAGGUCUGCUCGUUCCUACCAGCACAUCGGACCAAGAGUUGCAACAUUUGCGCAACAGCAUACCCGACGACGUCAAGAUUCAACGUAUCGAAGAGCGUCUCUCUGCCCUCGGCAAUGUCAUUUGCUGCAACGACCACGUCGCCCUCGUUCACCCUGAUUUGGAGCGCGAGACCGAGGAGAUCAUUGCCGACGUUCUGGGUGUCGAGGUUUUCAGACAGACAAUUGCUGACAACGUGCUUGUUGGCUCUUACAUGAGCUUGAGCAAUGCUGGUGGUAUUGUUCACCCCAAGACCAGCAUCCAGGAUCAGGACGAGUUGAGUUCGCUGCUGCAGGUCCCUCUUGUCGCCGGUUCCGUCAACAGAGGUUCGCCCGUCGUCGGUGCUGGUAUGGUCGUCAACGACUGGAUGGCCGUCACCGGUUUGGAUACCACUGCCACUGAGCUCAGCGUUGUCGAGUCCAUCUUCAAGCUUGGCGAGGGUAUGGGUCCUUCGGCCAUCAACACCACCAACAAGGACACCAUGGUCGAGUCCUUCUACUAG